AUGACGCCGGAAAUACCUGAAGGAACCAAUUCACCGUUUGAUUUACUGGAGGCCUUAAAAUACACACCAUUAGUUUCAUCUAUACCUCUUAGCAACGGUACCGAAAAUGCAGUUCCUCCAAAGUCGGUAGCAAGCAAUACACCUUUGUGCUUAUCUCCUGAAGAAAAAGAGUUAAUGCAGCGAUACCUGGAUCUUUUGGAGCCUAACGCGCAAGAAGUGUCUGACGUGCAGCAGCUUCAAUUUUAUAAAGACGCGCUCGCUCCCAUGCUGCAAGAUGUUCCCAUGCCUAAUAUUCGAAUUCCUGUAGCAAAGGCAACACAUGAGGAGUCAUCUUUUUUUCCAAAUUCUUUGUUGAAUCCUUUGACAGAGUCCUUAUUGCAGCCUUCUGAGGUUGAAUUUGUUCCUACAGAUGUAAACUCAGGUACAUCUUCCUCAUUCACUGAUUCUACUUCUAGUACUUCUACAUGUUUAAGUCCUUUUAUUUCCAACAAGGAUGCUCCUAAAACUGCAGAGAUCCCUCGAAGUCCCUCAACAGCGCGAAUUCUUAGAGCUGUCGAAUUCAAAAGCCCUAGUCGAGCAUUUUCACUUACAUCCACCCCUAAAAAACGCCAGCUCUCAGAAAGUGGAAGCGUCGUUUCUACGCCUUCUUCCAAGGUCCAAAGGCUUCAGGAUGUCAUAGAGAAGCAAGUGCAUGACACCCAAUUGGUCUUGAAUGUAAUCUUACUUGGAGAUUCCAAAACCUCUGACUGUUAUGUAUCCUUCGCCGGAUCCCAUGUUAGGGUAAUAUCUACAGAAAUUAUUGAGAAGAUUUCUAUUUCUUUAACAAAAUUGAGUUACUUGGGGGAUUGCCAUAAGUUGUUAAAAGAAGAAGAUGCUAUAUCGCUCAAAAUGAUUAUAGAAUCGAGUUUGAAGAGUUUAGACUUUGUAAACAGUUCUACUGAGGAUGCAGAUGACGAUAUGAUAUGCUCAAAAGCUAACUAUUUAUUAAAAAAUGUAUCCCUCAUUUUUCAGAUACUCAAUAUGCUGCCUGCUUUUAAAAAACUGCAAAACGAGGAGUCCUUUUUAUUUAUUCUUGAUACCCUUCAUUCUUUACUUGAUUACUUUUUCUUAAAGACUAUGACGAGCGUUGAUAUGAGCAUGAUCGAAGGCUCUGAGGAAUCCAAUUACCGCCCAUUUUUAUCUCUUACGCAAAAGAUUGCCAAUGCCUUUACUUUAUUAUCCAAAAUUGUACAUGCUAUUCCUUUGUCUGAAGCUGUCGUUAUCAAAGUUGUCUUUCUGUCCAUGAAAACUAUCACUGUGGAUUCCUCUAUUAAAGAAAAACCGUCUUUAAUUCAAAACCUUCCAUUGGACAUUCUUAAAGUUCCUUUGUUUGACACCCUUCAGUUCAUUUUCAGCUUAUACCCUGCUCAGCGUGAUUUUGUGCUGCAAGAAGUCCUUGCUAAUUUUGCGCAGUUACCUACCGCUCGUUCAACCUCCAGGACCUUUAAACUUUCCAAUGGCAAGUCUGUUCAAUUAUACUCCACUUUGCUGGUUCGAUUACUUCAGGCAUGUACUAUAACGCAUCUUCCAGAGGAUCCAACUUUUAAAACAGAAGACCCUACAAAGGAUUUAGUCAACUCUGAUUAUUGCCAGUCACAUUUAAAUUCGGUUGAUGCUUUAUUGUCUAAAUCAAGACACGAUGAGUACAGAGUCGCAAACCAUAUUGUCGGUUAUUUGCUCGGGAGAUCAUUAAGGCAAACAAAAUCUGAUAUAAAUAACUCUUUUGUUACAUUGACAAGAAUUAUGCUAGAAGAUUUGCUUAAUAUGCUUACUGUACCCGAGUGGGUUGGAACAGAGACACUAGUUCGACAAUUUGCAUUGAAUCUUAUCAUGAUGAUAGUCAAAGAAAAGAACUCUGUUACCACAAAGAAUACGGCCCUUGAUUUUUUUAGUGUUAUCGUGAAUAAACUAUUGACAACAUUCGAUAUAUCUCUAUUUGAAAAAUAUGAUCUGCCGGUACCUUCGAACUUUAAUGACCCUAAUUGCUUUUUAAGUGGAGUUCCACGUUUUGAGGAAAUUACUUCAUCUUGCCUCGCGUAUCUUAACACUUUGUGCGGCAAUGAUGAUUCGCUCGAGAAUAUCGUUCCAUAUACGCUGAACCAAUGGAUUUCUUUUCUGUUUCAGAUCAGAAAAGCAUCCAAUGAUCCAGAAUCCAACUAUUUGAUAGACAAAGUUCUUCUAAAAAGCUCAAAUUUAAACAUGGAUUCCGUUAUGGAUUCAACUGUUUACACAAAUCAUGAGAUUAUUCACGAUUAUUUUGUUCUAUCUUUAUAUCGUUCCUCUUUAUACUUGAAUUUGAAGUUUUUUGUAUCACUGAUUAUUGGAUUUCUUGACAGUCCCCAAACCAGUUUACGAACGAAGAGUUUAAGGAUCAUCAGCCAGAUGAAGUCUAUCCCGGCCAUACUCCAUGCACAUCCAGAAGUUUUGUCUCAGGUGGUUUCAAAGGUAGCCGAUCCCUCAGCUUUCGUUCGAGACACUGUGUUGGAUUUAUUAAGUACAUACAUGAUGGCCUUCAAAGAAACCAUAAAUCAAUUAUAUGUAUUUAUCGCGGCUGGGGUAUCCGAUAGUUCUGUGAGUGUUCGGAAGCGCGCAUUAAAACAACUUGCAGAUAUAUAUGAAGUUACUAACAGUAUAAACAUUCGAUGCGAUAUUUGCAUGAAGUUGCUAUCGAGGAUGAAUGAUGAGGAAGAGAAUAUCACCGAAUUAAGUCUUCAAACGCUCGAGUCUUUGUGGUUUAACAAUGCUUACUUAUCUAUUGAUCCUCAUAAAAAAUAUGAUGAUUUGAGCUUUUUGGAAAAGCAAAAAAUAAAAGUUCACUAUCGUUCAUUAUUAAAGCUAUCUUCAGAUCCCAGUCCUGCAUUACAUGUUUCCUUAGUAACGACAUUGAAAAGAAUGCUUACUUCGAAAGAAAAUGAGUUAACCAAAGAAUUUUGUUCCCGCAUACGUUUUCUUCUUUCGUUUUUAUUUACCUUAUUAAUCGAGGUAGCAACCGAGGACGAGGGGAAUUCUUUUGAAGUGGAACUUUUGCAUGAAACAAUGAGUACUCUUUUUGUUCUUUCUCGUUCUUUUCCCUUUUUAUUUGAUUAUUCACAACUUCAAGUUCUAAAACCGUACUUGAAAUCAGCUUCAAACAUUGAAGAGCAGCGAUUGUUAUACUAUGUAGUAGCCAUAUUCCGACAAGUUUUACCUCGUCAAAAGGAAAUUCCGGAAGGGUUUUUGCGUAGUCUUGAGACUACAAUGCUACAAAGACUUACCAAGGCGGGAUCUGCCACUCUGAAAGAAAUGGUACCCUGCUUGUGUUAUUUAUUGAGUCAUCUAAAUGAUGAUCAAAGGCUUUAUAAAAUUUUAGGUUCUUGUCUCAAAACACUUGAAGAAACGAGGAAGAAUGAUUUCUCAUCGUUAAAGGCUUUUCGUCUAAUAGAACUUAUUGGACUCUUUGCUAGGUUUGGAAGACUUGAAAAAAUAGAUGUCGAUUGGACAGGAGUUUUUUCUUUCCCUAAGGACGAAAGCACCGAUAUUUACGUUCUAUUGCUCAAUUAUAUGGACCAUCUUCUUUCGUCGUCUAAUGAUGAUUUGCGUAUACAUGUAAUUGAAAACAUGACAAAAAUUGUCCUAGCCCAACCCACGUUGUUCACUUCGUCAAGGAUGUUAAGCAUGCUAGAUAACAUUUUUGAAGAGAACAACGUUGAUUGUGUCUCAGUGAUUUUUAGGUCAUUCUUGGAACUAUUAGCAGCUGAUGAGGAUUUGAUUUCAGAAGCUGAUGAAAAACUGGAAAGCAAAUCAAACCAGAAUAAAAAGUCUAAGCGUGAACAAGUGAACGUAGACAUGCUUAAAGGUUUUACGGAAAGACAGUGGGCUGAAGGCGUGAGCGCUUGUUUAAUGCAAAAAUAUUUAUCAAAUAUCUUGAAUUCUUGCUUCUCAAAGAAUCUGAAUUUUGCUCUACUCGCAUUAGAGAUAUUACAACAUAUCAUUCGCCAAGGCCUUGCGAAUCCCAGAUUGUGCUUUCCCGUAAUUGUCGCUUUGGAAGCCAGUGAAGUUGAAGAAUUAAAACAGAUUGCUAUCAACUUGCACACAGAGUUGCUUCAAAAGCAUGAAUCACUAGUAGAUGGUUUGUAUGCGCAAGCAGCAACUUUGAUGUUCUCUUCCAAAACUUUCCCUGAAAAUUUUGUUUGUACUAUCGAAGAACAUUCUGUGUUCCAAGGCACAUACAAUGUUUUGCUAUCGACCAAAAACGCGAGAUCUAGAAGGAAAUUUUUAAUGCAAAUGCUGAAACUUCUAGAAUAUGAUAAUGAAAAGCUAACUAAUAUGUCACACGAAAAGAUCUUGUUUUUUAAUUUCUGUUGUUCAGCAUUGGGUGGAAUCAAAUACUUGAGCCUUGACGAGCCGUUAAUGAUUCUUCAAGUCAUUGAUACCGUCUUAGCGACGAUUGGACCAACCAUUACUGAAUGGAUGAAGGGGCAUUUUGAACAGCCCUAUAAAUUCUUUUCAGGAAUCUUACUCUGCAAUUUCAUUCACCUCAAGCGAUACUUGAAGUUUGUUUAUUCUAUAACAGAUGAAAAAGUACACAACUUUGAUAGCAGCAAAACGUUCCGAGACAAAAAGGUCCCACUCAGAAAUAGUGGUCUUACGGCUGAGUUGUUACAUCCAGACAACAAGAGAGAGGAUGUUGCAGUUAUGUGUAUCCAAAUGUUUGAAGAUGAGAAUAUAUCAACUGAUCCGAUCGUGAAAGACGAAUUAGACGCUCCGGAGGAAGAACAUUCAGGAGAAGCAGGGAAUGAAUGA